UAUGUGGUAUGCUUAAAUACUCAAUUCACUUGAAGUUGAUGACUUCUCAGAAGAGUUACUUUCAGACAUUACUAAUCAUCUUCAAUCGAUUUCAGUUGCAGAUUUCUCUAAAGGUUAUGAAACAAUCAUUUCAGAAUUAGCAGAUAUGGGAUAUCAAUUCAUGUCUAAGAAUUAAUUACCUAGCACCUAAUUAAUUAUUUAAUAUCUUCAGCUCUGGAAUCAAGAAGUUUGUACCUUUUCUAAUUUAUGGGUAUUAUAGAAUUUAGAAAUUGCAUAUUAAAUUAAGAUUAAUCGUAUUACUCAAGCUAGAGCACGUUUGAUGGCAUUAAUUGAUGAAUAACAGUAUUAUAGUAUAGGAGGAACUGUGUCUUAAAUUUAUGAAUCAGCCUUAUCCCUCUAUCACUUUUGCUCCAUAGAAAAUUAGAGCAAAUAGCAAGCAUUAUAAGCAAUUCUUAAACUGUAACAACUUAUAAUUAAGUCUUUGGAACCAAAGCUAGAUAAGAAAAUACAUCUCUUAAUGGCUAAAUUAUACGAAAGAAUGGCUUAAUUAGAAAAGGGAGCUUAUGAAUCCAAUCAAUUUUGCAUUUAGGCUUAUAAAGUUGCUAGUCAAGUUCUUUCUCCAGAUGAUUCUUUGUUACAAUAUUAUGAAUCACAUAUUCAAAUUGAUAAUCAACUAUCUUAACCUCCUAAGCCAUUAUCCAUAACACAUUUAUAAGAUAAUAUAGUCUUAUUAGAAGAAAGAGAUGUAGUUAUUACUGAUUAGCCAGGCCUUAUGAGAGUUACUUAUAAUCAUAAGGCUAAAGAGCUUAUAAUUGUAUUUCUAAAUCUUAAAUGCAUAUUUAAUUUAUCAGAUAUUGAAAAUGAAAUUACAAUUUACAAUUUGUAGAGUUUACCUGUAUUUUUAAAUGAAUUUGUGAAUGUGAUAAGUUAAUAAUUGGUUCUUGAAGAAACAUUAAUUAUAGCAACUAAUAUCAUCACAUUAGAAUCAUUUGAAAAAUAAGUUCAAAUUACUUAAAAAACUCGUGGACACUAUUUUGCUUACUUCACAGAACAAGUACUUGAUUAUAUGGAUGACGAAUCAGUACAUCCUCUAUUGAUUUAAUGA